AUGUCUUCAUCUACCGCUCUUCUUCCAGGCGGAAGCAAUAAGAAGAACGAUCACCCUAUCUUUCUCCGUGCUUGUCACUCUCCAUGGCUCGGCGUCUCUCAGAAAUCCCUCGUUUUCCUCCGAGGAAUCAUCGCAGCCUACCUUCUGGUCUCGUCUUAUGUGAUCCUUCAUUAUGAGCUUGAGAUCAACAAACAUGGCUGGUUAGUUGUUUUCAACCUUUCCAACAUCGUGUAUGGCUUGCAAACUCUGUACGCCUGGAUCGCCUUUAUCUGGACCUUCAUGCACCUCUACUACCCACACAACAACGACAAUAACUCUUCAUCAUUCUCUACCCACACUCGAAAAUUCCUCUCGCCAUCUCGUCGAAACUCCAAUACCAACGAAAAGUACUUCUUCAGCGUCUUUCAUUGGGUUGUUCUUGCAUUCCCUCAUCUCGUCACUUUCAUCCACUGGGUAGUUAUUGUUCCUCGAAAUGAGACAUCAAUUCCAACUGAUGAGAUUUUCCAUGAUAAACUCACGACCUACUUCAUCUUCAGCAAGUACUGUAUCAAUUCUAUCAUUGCAUUGAUUGAGCUUUUCCUCCUCAGCAGCAUCAAGAGAUCCGACCCUGCCUGGAACCAUGUUGUUGCAGUCGCUGUACUUCUUCUCGCGUAUGUUGGCUGGGCAUCUAUCGGCAAGAUUGUUGUCGGCAGAUACACAUACUUCUUCUUGGAUCAUGAGAAGACGGGGUGGGAGUACUACUGGGCGUCCAUUGUUGGUUUCGUAAUUGUCGGUGAACUCUUCUUCGUCUUCGUGUACUCCCUCACUGGCGUUCGUGAGUCCAUGACAAAGAAGCAAAGCGACGAUAAGAGCACUGGUUACCAAAGGCUUCCUCAGUAG